AUGUCUCGUCUCACACCUGCACUACAGACAUACAGUAUUCUCGCAGGGUCCCUGGCAGCAGGCGCGAACCUUUCCACGUCGAUCAUCGUAUUCCCAGCCUUGUUACAUGCGACGGGCGCAACACUCUCAAAGCAAUGGCUCAUCCUUUACGAGUCCGGUAUUUUACCAGUAUCGGGAUGCGCCAUGACCUCCUCACUCGGUUUCGCGACUUUGGCGUACCGUGCGUUUUUCAGUCCGACUCUUACGGCGAGUGGCGCCGUGUCGUACGCUCAGAGAAACCUGUACGUUGCGGCCGCGGUCGGCUUGUUUGGACUCGUACCAUAUACGCGCCUGCUUAUGUGGGGAACGAUCACGGAGCUGUCGAAGAGAGGGCAAAGUGGGAAGGGGGAGGAGAAGGACACAAGGGAGCUUGUAGAGAGGUGGGGCACGAUGAACCUUUGGAGGGGCGUAUUGCUCCUGGGCAGUACCGGCGUAGGCAUCUGGGCGUCGCUGUUGUAA